AUGGGUAGGAAAUGGAUGUGGUUCAUCCUUGUGGUUUCCUGCCUUCUAUUCAUCUCUUUGGAAGCUGCCUCUGCUAAUGGCAAAGGUGGUGAUCAAGGUAGCAGUGCCAAGGGAGCCGGAGGCCCUGCGGGCGGCAAAGGAACCGAUGCACCGGCUCAAACUGGUGGCAGUGAUACUGGAGGUUCUAUAGGCACUGGUGCCCAAGGCAAGGGGAAUGGAGAUCAAAAUGGUUUUGGACAAGGCAAUGGGAAUGGCCAGGAGAAAGGCGUUGGCAAUGGCAAAGGUCAGGGAGAUGAGAAUGGUAAUGGAGGCAAUGGAUUUGGCCUUGGCAAGGGCAACGACAACGGAAAGGGGGAUGGAAAAGGUAACCAAGGUGGGGAUGGCAAAGGCAAUGAAAAUGGAAACCAAGGUGAAAACGGUAAUGACAAUGGAAACAACAAGGGGAAGGGAAAUGACAAUGGUAACCAAGGAGGCAAAGUUGAAAGGACAGGGCAAGAGCAAGCUGUCUGUACAGCCGAAAACGCUUGUUUCCAUAAGCAACUCACAUGCCCUGCUGAGUGCCCUCACAGGAGGCCUGGCAACAACAACAUGAAGGGAUGCUACAUUGAUUGCAGCACCAAAUGUGAAGCCACUUGCAAAUGGAGAAAGCCAAACUGUGAUAACCAUGGAUCUUUAUGCUACGAUCCUCGAUUUGUCGGGGGAGAUGGAAACAUGUUCUACUUCCAUGGAUUCAAGGGAACCAAUUUCGCCAUUGUCACUGAUGACAAUCUCCAAAUCAAUGCUCACUUCAUUGGCCAUCGACCAAAAGACAAGAAGCGCGAUUUAACAUGGGUUCAAGCUCUCUCAAUCAUGUUUGACACCCACACACUUAUCCUUGCAGCCAAAAAGGUAUCAAAAUGGGACGACAAAGUCGAUUCCUUGAUCGUGAAAUGGGAUGGACAAAUCAUUAACAUCCCAACAGAUGGCCAAUCUGAAUGGAGAAACAACACUGGAAACAGGGUUGUGGUGAUUGAAAGAACCGAUGAUUUCAACACCAUCAGGGCCAGAGUUUCUGGACUUCUUCAGGUGGAUACAAGGGUUGUUCCCAUUGGAGAGCAAGAAAACAAGGUGCAUAAUUAUCAGAUUCCGGCUAAUGAUGCAUUUGCUCAUCUGGAGACACAGUUCAAGUUCUUCAAGCUUUCGGAUUCCGUUGAGGGAGUUCUUGGAAAGACUUAUCAACCAGGGUUCGAAUCAAAAGUGAAGAUGGGAGAUGCAAUGCCAGUUAUGGGCGGUGAGGAUAAAUACCACACUCCAUCGUUGACUUCACCACUUUGCAAACUCUGCAAGUUCCAGAGGCCUUCUUCCUCUAACCUCAUUGCAAUGGUCACUGAAAUCUGA